AUGAUCCCCUCCCAUGUUCUCGACACCUCUGCUGUAAUCGACAACUGGGCACGCUUCUGUCGCAAGUGCUCUGCUUGCAUUGCUGAAGACAAGUCCAACGACCCUUCCUUCACCCAUGCCUUCACCACGGUCCCUUCUCUUUCACGUGCUAAUGGCAUGGUCCUCGGGGACAUCCCUGCCAUUCUGGCUGGCCUCACGUGGGUGGAAACGGUCUACAUAGCUCGAGCCACGGCGAGUCGUUGCUGUGUCAAGAUCAAAGGUCACGGCUCUCAUCAGUCAAAAGGCAACAUUGUCAUACUCCCCCAGGCUGCGUCCGAGCUGUCGAGAUUGCUUCCUCACCCAGCUGCUGUGAUUGCCAACGAGAUCAUCAUCAUCUGA